GAAUGAUGAUUUAAUGUUUCACUCGGCAAGCUCCUAGGGCUAUCAUGGCGUUGCUUCUCGAGUCCCCGCCAAGCAGGUUGUGCGAUCCUUCAACGAUGAAGAGGCCUCAGCUGUGUGAUAGGAAUGAUAACGGGCCCCGGAAAUGGACUCCCGAGUCCGUGGAGCCCGCCCUGCCUGCGUCAAGUGGUGACUCAGAGCAAUGCAGCUUGGCUUGUGAGGAGGAUGGAUCAAGCCUUGAGCUACCGGAGCUGGCUAUUGUUGAGCCGGCAGAGUCGGAUUCUGCCCCAAGUUCCUUUCCGGGCUUCGCCGCACCAAAGCCAUAUGUAUUUUCCCCGGCUGACACGCGGGACGCGAUCAGGAACGAGCUUUACCGGCAAGAGGAGCUUCAAUACCUCCCAGAACGUCCGGAGGCUAGGCGUUUUGCAUCCACGGACCGGCCGCGUGUUGUCAGCUGGUUGGUCGAGGUGGUUUCCGCGCUGAGCCUCAGUGACGAAACCUUGCACGUGGCUGUUUCGCUCUUGGACCGCUUCAUUGCUCUCACAGAGGCAGUGCCCCCGGAGCACGUCCUGCAGCUGCUGGCGCUGGCCUGCAUCUCCUUGGCAGCCAAGCACGAAGAGGUGUCUCAGGUCCGGGUGGACGACUGGGUGGGGCUGGCGGUGGACCAGCAUGGGAACCCGCUUUACCAGCGCGCCGACCUGCAGCGCAUGGAGUGGCUGCUGCUGGAGACCGUGGAGUGGCGCAUCCGAGUGCCCAACACGCUCACCUUCCUGCGUCACUGCCACCAUGCGCUGGCUGACAACCCGGCGUGCAGGGACGUGCUGCCGGAAAAGCCCGGCGCGGCGGCGACCUUCAAGGCCUGCGCGAACUUCCUGGCGGAGCUUUCGCUGAUGUACGACGCUUUCCUGCCGUACGGCUACAGCACCAUUGCUGUUGGCUGUCUUGUCCUCGCUGAGUGGACCGCCAAGAGCGCCAGCUCCUCUACCUCCACCACCACCUCCGCAACCGCCGCGCAGUCGCAAUCGCCGCCGCCUGUCAUUCGAACCGUCGCGGCGCUGACCACGAUUACGGGCAUUGACGCGUCGUCCAUGGCGCCUAAUUUGGCACCCUGCGUGGAGGCGCUACACCAGCUGUAUUCUGAGGCCAUGACGGCGGGGCCGGGCGGCGCGCCUCCUUCGGCUUCCCAGCUGGGCCUGCUGUCGCCUAUUGUUGCCCGUUACACGAAGCUGCUGCUGCCAUCGCCCAAGUCCCGGUGCGGAGCUUGAUGGUGCGAGAGGCCCCCGGCAACGACCUCGCAUGAGACGCCGUGACGGCAUCCUAGGUUGUAGUGGGCGACAGUAGCAUCUCCAGCAGUGUGUGAGUCGCAGCGCAACAGAACAACACCGACAACAACAUGCAGAGCUUUUCCAGUCGCCGUUGAGAACACCUGCGCGCCGGCAUCCGAGAGAGAGUCCGUGGUUCGUUUCAUAUCUGUUCCACCUCAUCUGUGAGUACACCUUCCAUUGUUUGUUGCCGGUGUUUGUUGGCUGACGCGUGUGCGUGCUUUUUCUCUGUCGCCGGUUUUCGGUGCCAUAUGCAAGACGGCAAGGGAGUACGAUUACCGUGGGCCGUUGGGGGCGGCUCUCGGCUCCUACACCAGACAGGCGGUACGCGUCAGGGACGCAGGGCGUCUCUUAUUCUCGCCAAAGUUGUGCCACGAAAUAGGUGUGCGAUUCAGCGUGCGUGCGCAUGCGCUCCUGAAGGCCAAGAACAUGUCUCGUCUGGGGCUCCUGUUUAUUGUCUCCUGAGCACCUUACUGUUACAAUGCUGCGUUGCAAAUAGUGCACUCCCACAAGAAGUGUUUUGAACAAAGAACUUGCCGCUUUGCUGCGGUAAACACCAUGAACAUCAGGCAGUGAGAAUUGCAUUUCUUGUUGAGUUGACGCAGGUGCUGAGUGCUGAAGGUUACAACGCUUGCCUUAACCUUUUUUAUUUUGGGCUCGUGCAGUGUUCCUUUCUGCUGCUCGAAGCCUGCCUGGACUUCUUACCAUUUACCGUUGGGGUGCCGACGCGGCUCGCACGCAUGGGGCGGCAAGUAGUGGAGGUUUUGCGCCCAAUCGUUUGUGACACACUCGAAACGGCUGCGCAGGGAAAGAAUGGGGCUUGGCGUGUCGUCGUCGGCACUUCUCGGUGUUUCUUUCCGCCGUUUUCUAUGUCCUUGAGCGACGGUUGUGCAUCUUGUGCUCUUUGACGGUUGCUCCUCGGGCACAGAGUCGCCGAAAGGAAGGACGAGGUGAUCGAUAGGUGGGUGCGUAAGCAUGCAUUGUUGAAGCACAGUAGACAGGUAGAGUCCUAGAUAUGAGGUAGGUCAGUAGGUAGGCUGAGGUAGUAGCUUUAGCGUGUUGGUAAGCAUGUGGGGGGCAAAUUAUUGGGUGCACGUUGUUUCAAGAGUAGUAGUCACAUGCUUAGGUAGUUGUGGGCCAGAAUCCAGCAGGACAGGAUAGGAUGUGCAGCUUCAUGAGGUGGGGGUUAUCAGGCAGCAACAUGAGUUAGGCAAUAGGGUAGGACAACGGUACAUUGCGGGUAGUCGUUCCCUUGCGCGCCCGUAUUGCACACCAGCACGCAGACAGGUUAGUUAUCAGAUAUUAGAUUGCGGAUGGCGCAUCCAAGCUUGAGUUUUGCCAAUGCAGAAGCUGGGUACAGGGGGUAGGUAUGUAGCGUCAAGGUUUUGAGGCAGAAAUGGUGUUUUGGGCCCUGAUUAGCGAGCCGGGUCGAGGCAGCAGGAGCCACGUCGGUCGUCUGCACAACGGCUGAAUGCUGCUCCUCGGCUUGGCGAAGCCUCCUCGCUGCAUUCGCACGCAUGGCUACUUGGCUUGCAUGUUUUUCUUUGACUGUGGCUUACUGUUGGCUGCAAUAGUUUAGUGGGUUGCCUGCUGUGCGAUGGCUGCAACAGGGGAGGCAUCCAUAGUUUAGGAGAGGUUUAAGAUCCUGCAACCUCUGGAUGGCAAUUUUGCCAGGCUAGGCGGGGGGCUCUCUAUUGGUCCUGGUACCGACGGGUAAUGGAUGAUGUGGGGGUGCUGGUAGUACUGGUUGGUUGCGCACUGUUGUUAGGUAGUAACAGUUUUCAUUUGCUUUCAGGACAAGCGUAUAGUCGACGGCAUCCUAGUACCAGAGAUUAGUUUUGACCUCAGCUUGCUUCCCAAGGUGAGCUGGUGAUGAUGAUGAUGUAUGGCGGUAGCCCAUGUGUCGUUUAUUAAAUUCAACAUGCGGUCCGGUGGAGAGUUUGUGAUUUAGUAGCGAAGUCAUAGGUUAGCAAAGUCGUCUUCCUUAACACGCCUUAGGUGUGCCGGGUUAUGGCCUGCGCCGUCCAUUCCCAACUCAUUGCGAGACGUCGCCUCGAGUUAUCCCGGCGUUGGCACUGCUUGAGGAGGGGUGGGCGAGCAGGUGGGAACUUCUACGACGGUAACGUCUUUCGUAGUAGUGAAAGGCUGGGGAGUGAGGCGCAGUCGUCAGUCAGCGGCCUCUUCUGGUGUCGUCUUUGGCGGUGUCAGGCCCCAAGCGCUAUGUGUAGGACCUGCGGCGUACCGUUGCCAUUUGCCGUGAACCAGCAAGUCAUUGGUUUUUGCUGAAGAGGUUUGGUUGUGAGCCUUACAUAGUCUGAUGGUGAUAAUGGUUGUGGUGAUGAUUGUUGUGGUGAUGGCGUGUUUGGACCACAAGUCACACGGUUUCAUUUUUAUUCUCUGCGUCGCGCAGGUCAAGGCGGCCUGUGAUGUGCGUAUUCACUGGACUGCGUUGCCAGGUUAGGGUCGUCCACGUGAUGCGUUAUCGAGGAUCAGGUACGUGUAGCAGCAGUACCCGUUGAUGUAGUGGCGCGGCGCUAUUUAGAGGCCAAUUUGUUCGAAAGCCACUUCUCUGGUAAAGUUGAAUCCAAGUGCAUCUUGGUGCUGAGCUUGAAGAAAAGUUGCGGAUGGAUUGAAUGGUGGCUUGGAGGAGGUGAGGAGGGGGCUUUGCGUCUUGGAGAUGUGCAUAGCUUGCAUUCUGCUUUCUGCAUUCUACUGUUGGAGUAUGUACGGUUUACAACGGGUUUCCGCACUUCGUUCGCAUUGCGGCGUCGUGGAUCGAAUUCGGUUGCUUCAUGGUCGGUUGAUUCCAUACGGCAUGUAGUUAACGGUUGGUGUUGCCUCUCGGAUAUAUGUUUGCUUAGCUGCAUAUGAGCUGCUACCCGCUGCAUCCCGAUAGGCGCUCUGUCGAGAUUGGUGUUGAGGAGAAUACCGGACUUGUUGUGCGUGUAAUAGAAAACUGCGUGGACUUGGCACGGCUUCCUUUGGUCCUGUCAGAUCUCGUACAACACUGUACGGCAUUGCUGGUUUUAUGCUUCGUGCAUGUUCCGGCAGUGUUCCCACGUUGCUGUACAGGCACAGAGGAGGUUUUGGCCGAAGUCUGGAGUAGCAAUGCUUGACGUUCACUGACAUAUGAAUUACGGCAUUCUUCCGUGCAUACGGCAGGGCAUGUGGUCCCUUGUCCCCCGUUCCAAGCCUGCAUUACGCUGCUGCUAGCACAGCACGCCAUGGGCGAGCCGUGCAUCCAUGCAUUCCGAU